AAUCCCAUCGUGACAAUGGCAGCUGCAGAUGUAGAGUUUCGAUGCUUUGUGGGAGGACUGGCAUGGGCCACUACUGACAGGACUCUGGGCAACGCGUUCUCUCAGUUCGGAGAAGUCGUGGAUUCGAAGAUUGUGAAUGAUCGCGAGACCGGGAGAUCGAGGGGAUUCGGAUUUGUGACGUUCAGAGAAGAGCAUGCAUUACGAGAAGCGAUUGAGGGAAUGAAUGGGCAGAGUCUAGAUGGACGCAACAUUACGGUGAAUGAGGCUCAGUCGAGGGCAAAUGGAGGUGGAGGUGGAGGAGGUUUCCGUCAUAGUGGUGGAAGACGGGAAGGAGGUGGAGGCGGUUAUGGUCGUCGUGACAGCGGACCAUAUGGUGGAGGUGGUGGGCGUGGAUAUGAUACCGGGUCUCCGAGGUAUGGUAGCCGUGCGGGAGGUCCAGACAGGAAAUGGAGGAAUAUAUCUCUAGAAAUGAGUUCAGCUGAUGUCGAGUACCGUUGCUUCGUGGGUGGUCUGGCAUGGGCCACUACUGACCGCUCUCUCGAAGACGCCUUCUCUCAGUACGGUGAUGUGGUUGAUUCCAAGAUCAUCAAUGAUCGUGAGACGGGGAGGUCUCGGGGGUUCGGAUUUGUGACCUUCAAGGACGAGAAGGCGAUGAAUGACGCGAUUGAAGGGAUGAACGGGAAGGAACUGGAAGGGCGCAACAUUACUGUGAAUGAGGCUCAGUCUCGUGGAGGCGGCGGCGGUGGACGCCGUGAGGGUGGGUAUGGCGGCGGCGGCGGAGGUUAUGGCGGUGGACGUCGUGAAGGUGGUGGUGGCUAUGGAGGUGGUGGUGGUUAUGGAGGAGGUGGUGGUGGUUCUCGCUACUCGAACCGUGGCGGAAAUGACGGGGGCUGGUGAUUCCAGUUAGUUAGAGUAUUAUGAUGGGGUGCUCUUGAAUCUAGUUAGUAGUAUUAUGUAUGAUCAAGGGGGUGAUUCUAGUUAGUGCAAUGCUGGGUUUGUGCUAUCACGGCUUAUGCUUAUGCCUUUGCCCUCUCUAUCUAUCUAUCUAUCAAUUUCAGUCUUAAAUCUUAAUCAAUAAUUCCA